AUGGCGCCGUCGCGCCUCACCACGAUAGCACCUCCAGGGCCGCCUCCUACACGACCACUCACCACUAUCUUACCUCCGACCGUCGAUACACCCUCCUUCAUCAUCGCCGCUGCCAACAAAUCGUACAAACACCAAUACGCAAACGUCUAUUUCUUGCGGCUACAAAAAUUGAAAGAAACCGUGGCCCAGAAAGCGAGAGACAGGUGGCAGGGCAUUGAGGGCGAUCCUAAGUUUGUCCACAAAGUCCUGGAGGUAGAAAAGUCGCAACUUUCCUAUAUCGUGGGUACUGUUUAUAUGGACAUGCCGCUCAAACCAAAUAUUCUUGAAGAUAUCGCCCGUGAUAACUCCAUUCCCCCGCCGCCACCACGACCUACAUUCUACUCGAAGGAUGACAGGAUAAUGCUAGAGGAUGAGUCGGGGCGGUUAGAGCUUGUCGGCGACCGAAUAGCGGACGCGCGCCUGGUGACUGGGGCCAUCAUCGCGGCGCUUGGAGUGGAGACUCCCAAUGGCGAAUUUGAAGUUGUGGACAUUUGCUUUGCGGGGCUGGCGCCACAACCCGAAAAUGUAACGAUGGAGGUGGACGACGAUCCAUCCCAUGACUCGUAUAUUGCUGUCGUAUCUGGCCUUGACAUCGGCUCUGCAGCACCUUCAGACGCGCCAAUACAACUGCUCGUCGAGUUUCUGACAGGAGAAGGCGGAGGACCAGGAAUGCAGGCACGGGCAGCACAAAUUUCUCGUCUCAUCAUCGCUGGGGAUUCCCUUGCUGCUGUUGGUUCAUCUUUUAAGCCAGAAGGAAGCACGGAAGAGAAAGAGACUAAGAAAAGUCGACGCUACGGCUAUGAUACGGCGGCCUUCUCCCCACAUCCUAUGCAAAACUUCUCCGCCCAUCUUUUGGAUAUAGCCCGUACGAUGCCUGUGCAUCUAUUGCCAGGAGAAACAGAUCCCUCUGGCGUGAUUCUACCUCAACAACCGCUUCCCCGGGCAAUGUUUGGCGCUGUGUCGUCCUACGAGAAUUUCUCGUGCGAAACCAACCCAACAUACUUGCGUAUCGCUCCUGGCCCUGACGAGGAGGCAAGAGCGAGGACAUUACUCGUUCAUUCAGGACAACCCAUCAACGACAUGCUCAAAUACCUCGCCUCCCCACCAAAUACCCCACUUUCCAUCGCAGAAGCGACAUUACGGUGGAGGCAUAUUGCGCCAACUGCGCCCGACACGCUCUGGUGCCAUCCAUAUUUUGAAGCGGACCCAUUUCUGAUCUCUACUACCCCCGACCUCUACCUCGUGGGCGGACAACGCUCAUUUGGAACCAAGGUCGUCACAGAAAAGGGCAACGAUAAGAAGAAAUGUCGUGUGGUCUUGAUUCCGCGCUUCGCUGAGACGGGAAUUAUAGUGAUGGUAAAUCUGCGGACUUUGGGCGUCAAAUGUGUCCAACUUGCGGUUGAAGGUGAACUUGUGGGUCCAGGCAAAGCCCAAGUUAAAAGGGAGCCGUCUCCGCCAUCCUGA